AUGCCUGCCGAUAUCAGGAGCUUUUUUGGUGGCAAGCCCGCCCAGGAAGCCGCGAAGCCCGCGAAGGAGUCCACCACCGCGAAGAAGCGAGGAAGACCUGCCCGCCGAGUGGUCGAAGAGUCGGAUGAAGAUGAACCCCCGAAGAAGGCCACUCCCAAGAAGGCCGCGCCGAAAAAGCAACAACUACGUUUCAGGAAGCGCGAGCCUACACCAGAAGGCGAAGCAACCACGGCCUCCGACUUCUUUGGCGGCAAGAAACCGACCCGAUCAGCCCCCAUCCGAACCUCGAAACCGGUGAAAACAGAAGAACCGGCGCCCAAGGCUUCCCCCGCCAAAUCUAAGAAUAGUGCCUCGAAAGCAGCCGCCACAUCUCCCAGAACCUCGAAUCGCAAGACUAAGCCCGCAACCUAUGCAGAGGUCAAGGACGAGGACGAAGACUUUUUUGACGGCGACGAUGGCGGAGACGAUAUCUUCACGGCUGAUUACAAGAAGAAGGGUAAAGAUGCGGAUGCGUAUGAGGAAGGUACCGACGAGGAUGAUGCGCCACCGCAGAGGCAAUCCACGGGUAAAGGUCGGCAAAAGAAGAUUAAAGACAAUGAUUUCAAUCCAGAUGAAGACGUAGAAAUGAAGGAUACGCAACCGGAAGAUGAUUUUGUGGUCCCGGAUGAUGACGAGAAGAUCGCCGUCGACAAACCCGCCAAAGUCAGCAAGCCAGCCGCCAAAGCAGGUCGGAAGCGGAAAUCAGCGGAGACGGAUGAGGAGGAUGAACCCGAGCCAGCAAAGAAACCUCGGGGACGCCCUGCCGGGGCGAAGACAUCUCCGGCAAAGAAGCGGACUAAGAAAGACGAACCGGAAAGUGCAGCGAUGCAGGAUAUCUUGAACAGCAUCCCCACCGUACACCCGCCUUCGCCACCCCCAAAGUCUGGUGAUGGGAAAAAGUUCGACUUCAAGGCGCACCACGCAAAUUCUGGACCCGCGCCGGAAGCAGGCACAAAGGAGAUACCAGAAGGCCAACCGAACUGUCUUGUUGGGCUCACUUUUGUCUUCACUGGCUUGCUGAAGUACUUGGAUCGUGAGGAGGGGCAAAAGUUGGUCAAGAAAUACGGUGGCAAAGUUACCACGGCGCCGAGCAGUAAGACAAGCUACGUUGUCUUGGGAAAUGAUGCUGGUCCAAGCAAGUUACAAAAGAUCAAAAGCUUUGGCUUGAAGACCAUUGACGAGGACGGCUUGUUCGCUCUUAUCAGCCGACUUCCUGCGAAUGGCGGUAAUAGCAAAGCCGCAGCCGCUUACGAAGAGAAGCAAAAGGCCGAGGCGAAGAAAAUCCAGGAGAUGGCAGCAGAAAUGGAGAGGGAGGAACGCCACGCGGGAGGCGCAGGGGGUGCUGGUGGUGGAAAGGCUGCCGCCGGAUCUGCCUCGAGCUCACAAGCUGCCUCUGGACCGGACAACCGUCUUUGGACCGCCAAAUACGCGCCGACCCAAAUGAGCCAGAUCUGUGGCAAUAAGACUCAGGUGGACCGUCUUCAGCGAUGGUUGCGUGACUUUCCGAAACAUCAGCGCAAAAGCUUCAAGAUGGCAGGACCUGACGGUAGUGGUGUAUUCCGUGCAGUCAUGAUCCACGGUCCUCCGGGAAUUGGUAAAACAACUGCCGCACAUCUCGUCGCCAAGCUCGAGGGCUACGAUGUUGUUGAGAGCAACGCUAGCGACACGCGUAGCAAGAAGCUUGUGGAACAAGGACUAAAGGGUGUUUUGGAGACAACGUCAUUGCUCGGAUACUUUGCCGGCGACAAUCAAAAGGUCGAAGCAUCGAAGAAGAAGCUUGUGCUCAUCAUGGACGAGGUCGAUGGCAUGUCCGCCGGUGAUCGAGGAGGCGUCGGCGCUCUCGCCGCCGUCUGUAAAAAGACACAGAUCCCCAUGAUUCUCAUCUGCAACGACCGCCGACAACCUAAGAUGAAGCCGUUUGACUUUGUCACAUUUGAUUUACCAUUCAGGAGACCGACCACGGAUCAGAUCAGGUCGCGCAUCAUGACUAUCGCCUUCCGCGAGGGUUUAAAGUUGCCGAAACAGGUCGUCGAUGCUCUGAUUGAGGGAAGUAAUGCCGACAUCCGGCAGGUCGUCAACAUGAUAUCCACGGCUAAGUUAGAUGAAGAGGGUAUGGAUUUUGACAAGAGCAAAGCGAUGUCUAAGAACUGGGAAAAGCACGUAAUCCUUAAGCCAUGGGACAUUGUUAGCAAAAUUCUGGGAGGCGGCAUGUUCUCUGAGGCCAGCAAGUCUACGCUCAACGACAAAACAGAGUUAUACUUUAACGACCACGAACUGAGCUACCUCAUGCUCCAAGAGAACUACCUUGGCACCAACCCCGUCAAAGCAGGCAAGUACCAGGGCAGAGAGAAGAACCUCAAGAUGCUCGAACUCGCCGAGCAGGCCGCAGAGAGCAUCAGCGACGGUGACCUGGUCGACGGGAUGAUCCACGGCUCGCAACAACACUGGAGUCUGAUGCCGACGCACGCGAUCUUCUCGUUCGUACGGCCAGCCAGUUUCGUGGCAGGCAGCAUGGCGGGCUUCAAGACAAACUUCCCAGCGUGGCUAGGCAAGAACAGCUCGCAGGGCAAACUGACGCGCAUGGUCAAGGAGAUCCAAGGCCAUAUGCGGCUACGCACGUCGGGCGACCGGCACGAGGUCCGCCAACAGUACGUGCCGCUGCUGUGGCAGCAGCUGGUUAAGAAGUUGGAGCGCGAGGGCAAGGACGCCGUGCCUGAGGUUAUUGAGCUUAUGGACAGUUAUUUCUUGACGAAGGAAGACUUUGACGCCAUUAUGGAGUUGGGGGUUGGACCUAUGGAUAUGGAUAAGGUGAAGUUGGAGACGCAGGCUAAGAGCACGUUUACUAGAGUCUACAACCAAUCCGCCCACCCGCUCCCCUUCAUGAAAGCCUCGAACGUGCUGCAGCCGAAGAAAAUCGCAAAGGAGAAACCGGAUCUGGAGGAGGCGAUCGAUGAGUCAGAUGAAGGAGAGGUACUCGAGGACCCCGACAAGCCAGGUGAGGAUGAGGAGGACCUUGAUGUCAGUAAGGACAAGUACGUCAAGCAACCUAAGAAGAAGAGGGCUGCGCCGGCGAAGAAGGGGAAAAAUGCGGCGGGUGAGGAGGAUGAAGAAAAGAAACCGAAGGGGAAGGGGAGGGCGAAGAAAUAG